UCCCAAGUCCCAGUCCCAGUUCGUGUCGGUGUGUCGGCCAGCGAGAGCGAGAGGUGAGGUGGAGUCGGAGAGUUUUGUUUUGCUGCCUGCUUGCUGGCUGCGGCUGGUGUGACGGGUCUGGCCGGCCAGUGUGGAGCUCACGGAGGGUCCCCCAACUAUUUCUGGAAGAACUUCACCAAUCGCGGACUUAUUUCUCGGCGCCUGGCUUGACCGUGAGUCUCGCAAACAUGGCUUCCAACGCCGAUAUCAUGGACAUCCUACACUGUCCCUUGUGUAUCGAGAAGUACGACUUGAGUGAGCGGAAGCCCAAAAUUCUUGACUGUGGACACACCAACUGCUUGGAUUGCCUGUCGAAGUUCGUGAAGAAAUCUGGCCGCACAUGCCCUCAGUGCCGACAGCCGUUUGCCGAGGCACCAUUUUUCAUCAAGGACAACUACCUGCUCUGCCCUUAUCUCGAGGAGGGCCCCUCCAGCUCCAGCAGUGGCAGCAGCACUCCCUCCUCCGUCAUUUCGCAGAGGUUCUACUGCAAGCGCUGCGAGCGCGACGCCACAGACACCUGCCUGAUGCUGAACCACGACGUCGGCGACAAGGCCAGCGUGGUGCUGCAGCGCGCGCAGGAGGCCAAGCUGCAGGCCAAGAACCAGUUCGCGCGCGAGGCCGCCAUGCUCAAGGACCUGGCCGCCACCCUGGAGAGCGUCAAGACGGCCGUGGUCAACAAGGGCGGCCUCACGUCGCGCCUGCACCGCGAGCUGGAGGAGGUCAAGACCCAGACCGGGGUGCUGGACAAGACGACGCAGCUCGUGGAGAACGUGCCGGGGACGGCGUUCCAGGACAACGAGGACAUCCCGCGCGCCCUGGACCACUUCCUGCAGGAGAACAGCGUGCGCCUGUUCGCGCUGGAGGAGAAGAAGCGCAUGCUGGACAUGGCCAAGAAGUGCACGGUGACGGUGUCGUCCGACGAGCCGGGGGUCUCCUGGGGGGGCAGGUUGUCCCUGGACGAGAAGAGUCCACCCGAGGAGCGCGUCCUCUUCUACCUCAUUUACCUCCAGCUGUUGAACCAGCAGACUUCUCACAUGCAGGCUUCAGCGCAACCUUCCGUGGAUGUCAAUGGAUUUUCUCCCAGUGCACCUCCAAUGGGAGACGGCAAAGGAGACAGGCAGUCCAACUGGGCGACAAAGCCUGUCGAUGAAGCAUCUCUGGAAGACCUCAUAUCGAAUGUGAAAAAGUGUGUGUUAGAGGGCAAUGUUCCAGAUGUGAAAAGGGGUAUUGAUGAUGAAGAUGAUGAUGACGACGAUUCAGAUGGAAGUGUCUCUGUAGUUUCUGAUGCUGCCACAAUUCCUGAAAUAUGCAAAGUAUCCAAGAAAGUGUUUGUAGGAAAAAUACCAUCAUUUGCCAAACCACAGGAUAUAAAGGAUCUCUUCUCUCAGUUUGGUAAGAUUCACUAUGUCCGAUUCUUAUCCAAGAACAAGCAAAGGAAGGGAAAAGGUUCAGCUGCUCCGGCUCCUGCACCAGCUCAGGGAUCAAAACAAACAAUAUGUGCAUUUGUAUAUGUCCCUGACGAAUUCACAGUUGAAAAUAUUUUGAGGAAUAGGCCAAUUGUUUAUCGUAAGAAAGGGGAAAUGAAAGGAUACUUACUUAAUGUUCAAGAGGAGAGGGGCCAAAAGCGUGAAGACAAAGCUGAGGCUAAACGACAACGUCGUCAGAGAAAGAAUGACAAGAAAAAUCCACCUGGUCAAUCAGGUGGACCUAGUCGACUGGAGUCAUCCAAUCGAUCUGAGAGUGUUGAUGAUAUGGAUGCCCCCAAGAGGGUCUUCGUCAAUCAAGUACCGAUUGAUGUGACUGAGAAGCAGCUACAAGAUCUAUUUUCAACAUUUGGCCAAGUUACUAACGUCUCAAAGCGCCGCCAUGGUGUGGGUCACAAGUGCAUGGCAUUUGUCACUUUUAAAGAUGAAAAGUCGGUUGGAAGGGUGCUGUCACAAAGGCCUGUGAAGUAUUAUGGAGAAGGCUUUCCUGAUGGCUUUGAUUUGCAAGUGCGAGAAUUCCGAAGUAUGAAAGCGGCCCCUGCAACACUGAACUCUCCUGGAUUCAGUAAUAUAACUGACACAAUGGUGGCAGCUGCUGCAGCUACAUCUGCUGCUGCGUCUGCCGCACAGAUGCUCUCUGCUCUUCACAUUCAGCAAAAUGCCUCUUUAAGGUCAAUGCUACCAUCAAAUCCUAUCAAACCGCCAGCUAUACCUCCUAGGUCACUCGUGCCAGCUCCUUUAAGGCCUCUCAUGCAACCCCAGCAGAACCCGAAGCAACCACCACAGCAGCAGAACCAGAAACAAGUACCACAGAACCAGAAACAAGCGGCACAGCAACAGAACCAGAAACCAACACCACUGCUUCAGAACCAGAAUCAACCACUCCAGCAACAGAAUCUGAGGCAAAUGUCACAGCAAAACCAGAAGCAAAUACCACAGCAACAGAACCAGCGGCAAAUGACACAGCAACAGAACCAGAGACCACAGACACCCCUCUAUCCAAACAUUAACAUUCCAGCCUCACCUCAACAACAGUACCAACAACCAAUCCCCCAACAACAGAACCAAAACCGACAAAAACCAAAGAAUUCUAAAAAUGCAGAAGAUAAUAAUUGCAGCGUCAUGUAGUUGUUUUGGUAUGUGGAUUGGGGCUUUUUGUUCUUUGUUUCUAGCUCAUUUUUAAGUAUCAGGUUCUUUGACUAAUUUAAGUUGCACAAGUUAAGAUAUUUUACAUAUUCCGCAUUUUUAUUAUGACUGUUGCUCUACCUCUCAACUUGUGUGUUGUGAAUAUUUUCUGCUCUAUGGAGGGUCGUGUUUGCAGUAGAGAUAUUUUGUCUAUGACGUUUCCAAGUCAUUCUGUAAUGAAUAUGCAUACCAUUAUAUUUGCAUAUUUAGAGCAGGGUGGUGAAACAUUUUGGCUAUGUUACUUAUUAUUCCUAUGGUUUGAAGCUGUUUAAAAGUUCUGCAAAGGCUUACUUAAAAUGCUACAAAAUCUGAACUAGAGGAUUUUUAUUUGCAUUUGCCUUGGGUAUUAUUAUUAUGCAGCUGAUACCGGAAUGUAACUGCCUAUUCUUAUGGUUGUAGAGUGAUAUAAGUAAGUCACGAUGUGCAGUCACCAACUUGAAAUAAUUUGUCGUUUAUGAUUUCAAGUUUUUCUUGGUGAUGUUAUGUUUAUCAGGGUUGUUUGUACACCUAUAAAGGUGUACCUGGCUGAUAAAAUUGAAAGAUGGUGAAAAUAGCACACCAACAGUAAACUAAGUCAGCAUGUGUUAGUUUUAGGUAUCAAACUGUGUGUCAGGUUCAGAAGCUAUGUCUUUUCCAUAUGGUUUUUAAUGCUAAUAGACUAUUGACAAUGUAAUCCAUUACACUUGAAAUUUUCUUUCUUUUGUGUUGGUUUUACAGCUGUAAAUUGGACACAUCAUUAUUAAUAUGAAAAUCUUGUACAGUCCUAUGAAACGAAUUAGGCUCUUACUUACAUAGAGGUUGAGAUCCUAUGGAAACUGUGGUAUUCAAUGUAUUUAAGUCCCGAAGAACAGACAUGUCAAAUGCUAGAGCAGCCAUGCGUUGAAAUAAUUCAUGAACUCCAUCUCCUGUGCGAGAGGAGACUGCCCAAUAUUCUGCCCCAAGUUGUUUUGCAAGGCAUGCGGCUUUCUCUUCUACAUGUUUGUAAGCUGAUGAGGACUGAAUGGAUAAGAAAUAUCAACAGGAGUAUUAGGAGAAAGUCCACCUCUUCUUGUUUCAAACCAAUAUACCCAAAUGGUUUUAACUCACAAGAAGGUCACGCUUUGUGCCUAUUAAAAAAAUGAUUGGCUGUAAUGUGUUGCAUGCUAGAGCUUCUUCCAACCAUUGUGCACAAUGGGACAAUGAGUACAUGUUCGAUAGGUCAAAUAGCACUGCAACAACUGGACACACAGUAGACAUUAAGAUAUAUUAGUAGUGUCAUUAGUUUUAAACUCAGUACUUACAAAUUUAAUUUUAAUUUUACCUUGUGCUCCACGGUAGUACGAACUUGCUAUGCACUUGAAACGUUCUUGGCCUGCUGUAUCCCAUCUAUGAGUACAUGUAUCAUAAUCCAAGGAAAAAUAAAAAUAUCAGUUUUCUUGAAAAA